AUGUGUACACCAAACAAGAGGACCCAGUGGAUGGAGGACCUUCAGCAUUUCCGUAAAGAGCACGUCUUCUCCAAGAAAGUCCUGUUCAACUGCUGCCUGGUGCGGCGCAUCAUCAGCUGGGCCUCCCCAAUCCCCAAAGACAGCGUUGAAGAUGAGCUUGAACUAUCUACAGUUCGCCAUCGCCCCGAGGGACUGGAGCAGCUUGAAGCUCAGACACGUUUCUCCCGCAAGGAACUUCAGAUCCUUUACCGCGGCUUCAAAAAUGAAUGCCCCAGCGGAAUCGUCAACGAGGAUACCUUUAAAGACAUCUACGCACAGUUCUUCCCACAAGGAGAUGCUUCGACGUACGCGCAUUUCUUGUUCAAUGCAUUUGACAACGAUCACAAUGGCUCUGUGAGUUUUGAGGAUUUUGUCAUGGGCCUUUCUAUCCUCCUGCGUGGCACGAUCCAGGAAAAACUCAACUGGGCGUUCAACCUGUAUGACAUCAAUAAAGAUGGAUACAUCACUAAAGAGGAAAUGCUGGACAUCAUGAAGGCCAUCUACGACAUGAUGGGGAAAUGCACAUACCCUGUCCUCAAAGAAGAGACGCCGCGGCAGCAUGUGGAAGUGUUCUUUCAGAAGAUGGACAAGAAUAAAGACGGAGUGGUGACCAUCGACGAGUUCAUCGACUGCUGCCAAAAUGAUGAAAACAUCAUGCAAUCGAUGCACCUCUUCGAAAACGUUCUUUAACUCGUGGCGGACGGAAGGCUUCGGAAGAGAACGUCAUCUUCAGCUCGGCCCGACUUGGACUCAUACUGUGUACGGUGUGCUAUGCAGACUUUUGAUCAUGGAUAUAAUAUUGUUCAUUACUGUGGGCCACAAGUAGGAGUCGGCGAUACGGUGCGAACCCUCUGGAAUGAGUU